ACAAUCUCCAAUGGCGUGGCUGCUAUACCCACCAAUGUUAAUCUAUAUCCGAUUCCAUCGGUGUGCGUGAAUACUUGAUAUGCUGAGAAAGCAGAUAUACGAUGAGGAGAGGGUAACAGCACAACCAGGCGAGCAUGCCAGUUUGUCGCAGUAGCAUCACAACUAUGGAACGAUGGAUAGGAAAAAUCGCUGUUGUCACUGGUGCGAGCUCUGGAAUCGGUGAAGCCAUUGCCAAAGUCCUGGUGAGAACUGGAGUCAAUGUUGUGGGUUUUGCACGACGUGAAGAGCGGCUGCAAGUCAUCUCCAAAGAGCUUGAUGGGUCCAAAGGUUCGCUUCAUCCGGUUCGAGGGGAUGUGCGGAAUGAGGCGGAUAUCUUGAGGGCCUUUCAAUAUGCCAAGGAUAAAUUUGGUGGAGUUGAUAUCCUGGUGAACAACGCAGGCAUUUGCCAACACCAAGCUAUUACGGAGGCAUCGACCGAGAGCUUACGAGCUCUUCUGGAAGUAAAUGUUCUUGGUGCAGCUGUAUGUGCAAGGGAAGCCGUGAAAUCCAUACGUCAACGAGGAACAGAAGGUCAUAUUAUCAAUAUCAACAGUAUACUAGGUCUGGAUGCAACGAUUGCCACGGUUCCAGUCAGCCUAUACCCAGCGAGCAAAUUCGCUUUGCAUGCAAUGACAAUUAAUUUGCGGGAAGAAAUUCGCCAAAACAGAGAUAAUAUAAGAAUGACUGGCAUUUAUCCGGGCCUCGUGAAAACCGAAAUCCUGGAAAUGUCUGGAGCGGAUCCUAGAGUGUAUAAUAAAUUACCGUACGUUGAAAGUGAAGAUAUCGCUGAUGCAGUUAUUUACGCUCUUUCAGCGCCGUGUAAUGUGCAAGUGGAAGAAAUUAAAAUUACUCCAUUACACGACAAAUACUAAAUUGUAUUACUCUAUAGUAAAGUCAUGUAAAUGGAUAAUAUCCAUUCAUCGAGAAUAUUCUGCAUAUUUUGAAAAAAAAAAUUAAUAAGGAUUAAACUGAAAAUUACGCAACCACGGUAUUUUACUAUUUUUUAUAAUCAAUUAAUUUUAUCUCGUGCACUCCAAAGAUCUGGACUGAAAAAAAAUUGGUGAAUAAUUUCUUGAAAUUAAAUUGCUUUAAACUCAUUGUAAAUUACUGCAUUAAAACCAGGGAAUAUCAAUGAUCAUUUCGCAAUUCCUCAAAUUUUUCUGUGUAGAAUAUUUUCUAACAAAUCUAAUGGCAUGAUGAUUUAUUAUAAUUGUUAAUUUUCUAAAGCUGAAUUUUUCCCGAAGAGGAUUUCCUUUCUACAGUGGGCGAUGGACGAGCCAAUGGUGCAGAUCAGAGAUGAAAUUCGGAAGACAAAAACAAAAAAACACACCAAAUAAACACUGUACUUAUAAUAUGUCUGAAGGUUAUUUUAAAAACACAAUUAUUCAAUUGCAAGAUCAUUGCGUCAGUCAAUCCGUUGAAUUUCGCGAGUGCAAUUGAGUAAUUUAUAAGGUACGCCCACCAUUUAUUCGAGUAUAUAAAAGCUGUUGCCCGGAUAUGAACCAGUUAUUGUCAUUGUGAGAACCAUAGCAACAUGAAGAGCUUAAGCGUGAUACCUUUCAUUAUUGGCCUGAUUGGAUACGACAAGUGCGUCCAAGAUUCACCAGACCUAUGGAAAUACGGAGCCGAAUAUACAUAUCGGAUGAAAGUCAACAGUUCAUUGACCUACGCACCUACAAAAAAAAAA